CUACUCCGUAUACUUGAGAAGCAUUACUUGUGUCGAACCACUUCAAAUCUUGCUUGAAGAACGAGUACCGGUGAGAGACAACAGACACUCUUUUGUUCGUUUGCAUCACCCAUACUCUUACCUACAUAGUGUGUUCUCAUUUCUCGAUACACCAAAAACAACGACAACAACAACAACCAUGUCAGCCAAAGUUCCCACCGACAUCCAUCUCUCCUACCUCUCACAGGCCCUCGACCUCGCACGAAAGUCACCUCCCAAACCCACGAAUUUCCGGGUGGGCUGCGUGAUUGUCUCAUACCCUUCUGACGACAACGGCGGCUCGUCGACGACGACGGCGGCCGGCAAGGUCCUCUCGACGGGCUACACCCUCGAACUCCCGGGCAACACCCACGCGGAACAGUGCGCCCUCGCGAAACUCGCCCAGGCCCACGGCACGGACGAAUCACACCUUCACGAACUCGACGUGCUUUCGGCCGCCGCCGCCGACGACGUCACCCUCUACACCACCCUCGAACCCUGCGGGCACCGACUCAGCGGGAACAAGGCGUGCGUGGAGCGCAUCAUCGAGACGAGGAAGGAGAAGGAGAAGAAGUCGGGCGGGGUCUCCGCCGGUGGUGGGAUCCGCAAAGUCGUCUUUGGGGCCAGAGAACCCGGCACGUUCGUCAAGGACAGUAAAAGUCUCCAGAGGUUGGACGCCGAAGGUGUGCAGUGGGAGUACGUGCCGGGUCUCGAAGAGGAGAUUUUGAGUGUGGCAAUGGAGGGACACGAUGAUGCCAGUGACAACAAGAGUGAAAACGCGGCACCACAAACGGCGACGACGACAUCGACGUCAAAAACAACAACCAAAAGCAUCGACGAUAUAUCACCCGAGGAGAGGAGACGACAGGAAGCUCUACCCAGAAACCCAAAGAAAAGGAUGAUGGAGACCGUUUGACGAUUGAGCACCGCGGCGCUCGUCACUCGAUGAUCAAAUAAAAAUUCCAUGAGGAUUCGGCAGGCAGUGUGCCAAACAUCCAAAAGAUUGAAAAAAAGACACAUCAACAGCCCACCACAUCGGGGUGCUUGCGCAAUGACGAUUCUCCGCGACAAAAGGCAUUCAAAAACUCGUGUACGACUCAACAAGUUGCCUCGAGGCUUUGACAAAGUGGCCAACUACGUACUAGUUUGUGCAGGGUCUUUUUUUCCCAUCUUCUUCUUCCCUGCUGGAACGACCACCGAUGCCUCCACAGCGACAUCGACACAGGUUGGCCCUCCUCGACAGAGAGGCAACCCACGCGAGGGCAAAAUGACCACCGAUGUCAUCGCCACGAGUCCAAGUGACACAAACCCGCAGACUCGACCCAUCGAAUGUACUCGAGCGCGCCAUCACAAGGUGUCUUUGGCCUAUCAGGACGGACUCACCUCUCUCGACGCACGCUUUACUUCAAAUGUCGGGAUCGUCGACAUACACUCCUUCAAUCAGCGUCCGCUACGGCUCGAACAUGAAAACUUGACAUGACCGCUAAAAGAACUGCCGCAACGACUUGUCAUGUCACAGGAUCAAAAAAAGAGGCACCACCCGAGAAGUACUAGGGUGGUCUACACGAUCUUAGACAAUCCGAUGACCUUCUCAAUACCUAGGUAGUUCCGGGACCUUCCCCGUACACUGCAGCUAGUUACGGCGUGAGGUGGUCCUGUAUUUGAAUUCAACCCUUCUUGUCUCUCUCCUCCGACAAGAUUCCUCCUCAUUCGUCCUGUUUUCCCUUCUGAAGCCGGCCGGUCUCUCUCUCUGUCUCUCUCUGUCUCUCUCUCUCUCGGGCCAUGCUGAUCUGUACCAGGCGUAGGUUUGUACUAUACAAGAAACGCUCACCACAAAUUCCAAAAAGAGCCAAGGGAAAAAAAAAACCAAACCCGCGCAUACCUUGCAGCGUCAUUAGGAACUCGCCGCUGUCAUGCAUGCUCUUUUGAUGGCACGUUUCGCUCCCCAUUUGUGAGAGAAACAAAGUAAUGCUUGAAACCCCCAGAAUGGAAAAAUGCCCAAAGUCCGUAAGAUAAGUAUAAACGCAAAAAAUCCACGAAAAAAACCAACAAACAAAAAUUCAUUCCUCGGCAGAGAUACCCUGGCCUUUGGCCUUCAUUAACGUCAUUGAUGAUGGCGGUACGUCCGCCAUGUUCGAUCGUUCCAGGAGCACCGUCAACUGCUCCACGUCGCCCUCGGUCGCGGCUUUGGCCUGUGCCCUUCUACCGGGCCCGCCCACCGCCACCACGUUCGACAGGUCCGGUUUCGACUGCGGCAACGGCGGCCGGUCCGAGGCUUUUCGCUCUCUGAUGAUCUUCAGCAGCGCAGUGACUUCGUCCUCCAGGUCGUCCAGGUCCACCUUGUCCUUGGCCAGGGUCAACUUCUUGCGAUACGUCUUCAACAUGCGCGCCGCUUGCUCCGUCGCCAUGCCCACACUGCCAAAGUCGGACGCCUGGCUCAUGCUCUGCCUGCGACUCGCGGCGAAAGAUUGUGACCGAAGUUCCGGGACCGAGGGAGGCCGCCGCAGUCGGCCGUUGUUCGGCUUCUGACGGCUCUUGGGCGUCCCCGGCAUCGACAGGGGCACCGGGGGAGGAGAGUGCGAACGCUCGAUCGCUCCUGAUGCCUUCUCCCCUGUGGCUGCAUCCUUGGCCAAGUCGAGCCUCGACCGUUGCUUUCUCGGUCGAGACGUAGUCCGAGCUGGCGGAGAUGGGGAACGGCGUGGAUCUGUGUGCUCGGGAUUAGGUGACUUGGCCGGCGCAGGCACAUUGACCGACUUCGUCGGGGUGUCUUCGACGUCUUCCAUCGUAGUUGACAGAGCAAGCCUGGAAGUUUUACGUUUCAGCCGGACAGGAGACAGUGACCGGGGUGUCGUGGGCGAGGGAGCACCAUUGGUCAAUUCUGCGAGAUCCAUCUUUGUCAACACCUUUCUCAAUGGCGGGAGAGAUGCAGGAGUCAGCUUCGGUGCCAUCUCGCCAUCAGAUUCGUCAGUGGAUAUCCCCAACCCAGGCGUGCGCGGGUCUUGCGCGUCCAGCGACAACGACAACGCUGCUCUGAAGAUUCUCCAUAUCAUUAUCGUGCCAUCCAAGCCCGUGCUUACGACAGUGCAUUGGCGAGUGCCGUUGGCUUCCUGGACGGUUUGUCUCAGCAGGGCGAUAUCGCUGACUCCUUCUGUGUGCCCAGAUUCUCGACCCAAAAGAGCCAUGUUUUUCUCGUUGUACACGCGUAUCGAUUUGUCCAUAGAACAAUAACCGAUCACAAGACGAUGCGAACUGUCCGCGCUUUCGGGACUCGCGGAGCAGACCAUAGAGUUAAGGAACACAGUGUCUUCGUUUUCCGCAUCCCCGACCUUGAACGAGUCGUUCAAAGUUCCCGCCGAGAUCUCAACCUGGGUCACACGGCGAUCCAUACUGGACACCAGCAACAGAUCAUCUGUGGAGAUUGUCAUCGACAGAGGUGACCCUUUCAGGGUCAACACUUUGGUGUUCAGAUAUACUGGUGUCUGAACGCCAUCCUGGUCGCGCAGAACACGAUCUCGGAUGACAAGUGAGCGAUCGGCUGAGCAGGACAACAACUUUCCCCCUUCUUGCACAAACAGGACUUGGUUGACCGACCCGACAUGAUCAUCCAUAGUUUGCAGCAAUUCAAAACCAUCCCCGGCGAUUCGAUACAGUUGCACCAUCCGAUCCCUGCUGCACGUCGCUAUCAAGGAUCCAGCGUCAUGACUUGCGAUGCUCGUGAUUUCUGCACUGUGAGCCCGGAUCAUCUGCACUUCUUCCCACUCUGACACCUUGAUCAAUUUGAGUAAACCGAAUCGAUCUCCCACGACGAAGCUGUUGAAAUCCUGUACGUAUCGUACGCGAGUCAACUCGUUUUCACUGUCGUUCGAAUCUGCACUGCUGUUAUCGAGGUCGACAAUCUCAUGCUUUAUGAGCGCCCCUUGAGAGCUCCAAAACUUGAUGUCACCGUUCUUAGACCAGGUGAGGAAAUCUCCCAGAGCACAACCGUCCGAAAGAGUCUGCACGCCCAGUACUAUACUGUUGUGGGCAGCGAAAGUGGGUUGUGACUCAUUGGAGUCGCCUGGUUCACAAGGCUGAAUCUGCAAACUGCCGUCGCUGUCAAGUGUGAUUAUGUGCUCGGGCAAAGUGCCUACCGCCGUAACACUUUUCGCAGUUUGUUGGACCAGGCCGAGUGAUCGUCGGAUAGAAGAGAGUCGAGGGGGUUUACGUCGUAACAUUCUGCUGGGCGAAUCAACGCCGGACUUCAUCAAAAGUUCAAAAUCUUCCGACUGUAAGCCGUGAGAUGUACCGAGGAGCAACCUCUUAGUGUCUGUCAAAUAGGCAAUGGAAGAUAUCGAGAAGUCGGUCUUCCUGAGAAGUCUCAAUUCAAGCACCGUCUGAGAAGUAUCCACCAGGCAAAGAUGCCCGGUUUCGGUUCCCACGACUGCCAGACAACCAUCAAUGGCAGCCACGCAGGUGAAGGUUGAAUCGACCAUGGAACCCAACAGACAGUUCCGGCCUUGUAAAGGGGCCGGUCCCGAAGGCGCACCAGGGCUCGUGGCGUAAGCGUCCGAUGCCCUAAAGAAUCUGGGCUUUUUAGAGGGGGAUUGUUUCGGUGUCUCCUUCGCUUGCCAGAUCUUGAUAUGCCUUGUACCAACGGUUAUCAGGCUGGUGCCGCACCAAGUCAUGUCACAGACAUUGGUCGUGCAUUUGUUCGCCGAAUGAAGGGUUAGUUGCCCCGUCUUGGAAUUCAAAGACCACACAAAUAAAAAGCCAUCAUUGAGGUUGCCCAAGGUUGCGAGAAACUUCAUGUCGGCACUGAAGGCUAUGCAGCGCACUCCAUAGGUGUGGUCACUGACGACAGAGGUCGGUGUCUCGGUGGAGGCGUCUUCGGCGGUAGAAAAGAGGAGCACCCUAGGGUUGUAGCCAGAUUCGCCGACCGCAAGCCAUCGACCAUCUUGGCUCAGGGCCACACAUGACGCAGACUUGAUCCUUUCUCUUGCCGUCCAUGUCUGGGACCCGGACUCGUCCAGCCAUUCUCUUCCAAAUGAACCGCCUCCUGCAAAGUCAUCCUGCCGCUUCCUGGGGGUAAAUGUGGCCGUCCUCCUCUUCGAGGGUGUGGUGGCAGGGGAGCUGUCGUAGUGAGACGUAGGAGGAUGUAGUGAGUGAGCCGUCGGUCGGGCUUUGAAGUAUCGGUGGGAAGGAGUGGUGCCUGGUUCCAGCCUUGCGAGGACGGCGACGGCACCGGCGCAAUAGGCAUAGCUGCUCGUCGAUGCGCAGCAUGUGAGGCCAUUUGGGCUAUUCGUGGUGGUCCCAAUGACUCGUUGCAACUGUAGGGUAAUGUCUGACGAUCGUGGUUUCCGAUUGAUUCCAGACGGUGUUUUGCCAACGACCGGUGACCCUGUGGGAGUCGCACGAAGGGAGGGUGUCUGGCUAUUCAGGCGACUUCGGAGGCCGUAUGGUUCGUGUCGCGGGAGUUCCAGGCAACUGCUUAUGGGUGCUAGUCCAACUGCGACCUGCCGUCCUAUCCUCCCGUGGUCGAUUCUGGGGUGUGGUGUCUCGAGGAUACGGAGAAUGUGACAAAGUUUCACGCGUCGUCCACCAUGUGUUCAUGUAAUGUUCCCACCCAUUUUGCAACAGACAAAACUCCAGAACUACAUUUCACGUCAAUCCGUUGGCAAGAGGUCGAUUUGUUUGCGAAUCAGCAAGUUAGUUGUGGUGUUUAUCGAGCUCUGUGCACCAUGUUUACAUUCCUCAAUCAGAGAUGCAACAGCCACAUGAGGCUAGUGACCCAGAAUCCAGGGACCGUGUGGCUGUGGCUGUGGC